AUGUUAGCACUACGAAAACAACAGCAACAGCAACAACAACAACAACAAUCACAUCAACUGCAACGACAACAUAUUCAACAACAUAAUCAAUCUCAAUUUACUCAUUAUAAUACACAUUCAAAUUCAAAUGGAGGAACUAGACUUUCAUUAGGCUCUGCCACUAGAUCCUCAACUUUUCAAACAUCACAUUUAAUUAAUAAUAGUCAAGCACAAAAUAAUGGUAAUAAUAAUAAUAAUAACAACAACAACUUUAAUCAACAUAAUCAAUUUCACAACAACUCAAACUUCAGACCAAUACAUCAAUCCACUUUGAAUACUGAGACUACUCCUAUUGCCAAUAAUAGAAAAAGAGGUGCAUUAUUUGCAAAUGCUCCAUCUACAAAUAGAAAACGACAAAGUAUAGGUUUACCAUCUCUGCAAGGUCUGCAAUAUUCAGGAAAUUCAAAUAAACCACAACAAUCAAUACCUCAACCUAUACAACCACUUUCAUUUGUAUCAUCACAAACACCACUGUCAUCUCAAUUAAAUCAUUCUCAAUUAAGAUCAAAUUAUCAAUCAUCAUUACCAAUUAUAGAUCGAAUAAAAGAAAAAUCAAAUCAAGAAAUAAUGCAACAAACUAUUUAUAAAUUUUUAGUUAACAAUAAAUUUGAUCUUAAAUCAUCAAUAAGUUUAAAUGAAAAUCUACUAAAAGUUCCAACUCAAAGAAAUUUUUAUGAAAUUUUCAAAUUUUUAUAUAAAUUUAUUGAUCCUUAUUAUAUUUUUCAAAAAUCUGUUGAUCAAGAAACAAUAUUUAUACUAAGUUCAUUACAAUAUCCAUUAUUAAAACAAAUUCCAAAAUUACAUUUCAAUGCAGUUGGUGGACAAAAUUGGCCAACAUUUCUAGCGAUAUUAAAUUGGAUGGUUGAAUAUGUUUCUACAAUAAAUAGUGAAUCUGAUGAAUUUUAUACAACAGAAGAUGAUUUUGAUAGAAUAUUUAUGAAAUAUAGUUAUACAUGUUAUUUAAAAUUUCUUGAUGCUGAUGAAAAUUAUGAAUUACCACAAGAAAUUUUAAUAAAAUCUUUUAAUGAAGAAAUUGAAAAUUAUAAACAACAAGAAGAAGAAACUAUAUUACAAAGUGAAAAAUUAGAUGAAAAUUUUAAUCAAAGAUUAGUAGAAUUAAAAUUAAAAGAUGAUGCUGAUAAAAAAACUUUUGCAUUGGAAGAUGAUUUUGAAAAAUUACAUAGAUAUAAUGAAGAAGUUAAAAAAAGAAUACCAGAAUGGGAUAAAAGAUUAAAAAAAUUACAAGAAGAAAUUGUAUUAAGUAAUAAACAAUUGGAACAAUUAACAACAGAGAAAAAGCAAUUAGAAAAUGAAUUUGAACAAAAAGGUAUAUCAAUUAAAUAUAUUAAUGAUUUAGAAUUAAAACGUGAUAAAUUAUCAAAAUCAAUAGAUAAUGAAACUGUUAAAAUAGAAAAUAAAAAAGAUGAAUUAGAAAUAAGAAUAUCUGAUGUUGAUAGAAAAAUAAUUGAUCUUGAAAAACUUGUAAGGCGAUAUAAUAGUAUAGUUGAAACUUUAAAUUAUAAUGAUAAUGGUACAACCAAGUAUGGGUUAACAUUAAAUGAUUUAAAAGAUAUUACAAGAGCAUUUGCAAGAGAUGAAUUAUUUCAAGAUAAAAAAAUUGAUGAUGAAAAAAUAAAAUUAUUAUCAUUAAGAGAUAAAAUUAAAGAAUCAAUAAUUCAAUUAAAACAAGAAUAUAAAAAUAUUCAAGAACAAUUUGAAUUAAAACAACAAAUUGUAUUAGAACAAAGAAUAAAUUUAAAUGAUAAAUUAGAUAAAGAAAAUUUAAAUAAAAAAAAAAAUGAUCAAAAAUCUCAAGAUAUUUUUAAUUUACAAUCAACAAUGUCCAAAGAUAUAGAAGAAAGAGAACAACAAAUAAGAGAUACUAAAACUUCAAUUACAACAAAUACUUUAAAUCAUGAAAGAGAUUUUCAAGAUGCUCAUUUAAAUCAAAAAUUAAUUGAACAAGAUAUUCAAGUUAAGAGGCAAUUAAUGAUUGAAGAAAUUGAAAAUGUCGCUUCUUAUGUAUUAACAUUUAGAAAUAACGUCGUAGAAAAAUUCAUUGUUGCAGCUGAUGAAAUUGAUAAUAAUAGAGAUUGA